GGCGAGGGCCGCGAGCCGUUCGAGCCGCCGCGCUUCUGGGACGCGCUCGGUCAGACAUUCAAAGCAACAUCACAGGAAGCUACGAAGCUGAGUCUUGCAUUCUCAAGGCCUCCACUGCCUUCUGCAGAGGAUUGUCGGAAGCUGAGUGAAGACGUCCAAAAUGCGAUUCUUGCAGUUGCCACAGUGUACUACUCGCUCCCUAAAGGCCAAGGUACUACUCUUCGGAAGAUGGUACGAGAUGCUACUACUGAGGUAGUGGAAGGAAUGAUCCAGCUCACAGAAACAAUUCUCAAUACUCCAUUGGAGAGCUUGACUCAGGAACAGCUUAUAUCAACUGGUAGUGUGUGGGAGGCAUGUGAGCAAGCAUCCAACCUGCCACAAGAUAACCAGGCAGCAGUUGUGUCAGCUCUAGCUGCAUAUCUAGGUGUGGUCAAGGAUGCUCUGGAAGAGAUGGAACAUGCUCUGGUGGAAGGGCGAGACCCCUACAGUGAUAUCAUGGAAGAUGAGGAGCUGGGUUUUCGGGGCAACAGAGAUACCUACUGGUCAGAAGCUGACCGGAAGCUGCUUGGCCCCUGCAUGGGAUUAAUGAAGGCUUCCAAAGCUUGCCUGAAGAAGGUCUUGGGUGUAGUGAAGGCUCAUGGAAAAGCUAGCUCUUCAGAGCAGAUCGCUCAGCUGGAUGACCUUGCAGACAUUGCUAAUGAGAUCAGUCCAAGUGUUGAUGAGUUGGCACUGAGCAUGUAUCCACCUAUGAAUCAGCUGGCUGUGCGACUUAAUGCUGCUAAAUUGGCGUCAGUAUUAAAGAAAGUCUUAGAGAUUACAAAGACAAGCCACGUAUGUCCGCCCUCGGAGGAAGGCUGGGUGCAAUUUCUCACUGGUGCAGUAGAGCACAACAUGGACAAAAUCAAGAACUUUACACAGGGUGAACUUUAGCUCUCCUAUGUCAACAUGUGUUGCUGCCACUGGCUCUGGCAUAUGCUUUCCCAGUGAAUCUAUCUGGCCAUUCUCUAGCUAUAGGAGAAUGAUGAGGACAGUUCUUUUAGGGGAGAACUUUACUGUCACUUGGCAGAACUUUCCUAAGUUUCCCAAGGGGGAAGUCACCCUUUGCUAUUGCAAAAGCUGUUACUUUUGCUUGGACUCCUGGCGUGACGCAGUGCUGCAUCUUAAUGCUGUGAAUGUGCCCCAUUCUUCAGAUGUUACAGCUACCAUGGGGAAACAGAGAGCAAUAAAAUAUUGUUAGAUUUGC